UUUUUUGUUACUCUUACAAAGCAAGAAUUCCUCAAAUGAGCAUAACCAUUUUGAGAACAUAUCCCGACACAAUGGCAGGACAGAAAUUAGUUCUCAGCUUAGAAAAGGAAAUACUUAGGAAGCUUUGCAUUCAGCUUGACCCUGACAGAAGUCUUCACCCAACAUGGGAGAACCUUGCAGAGCGCCGUGGGCUUACAUAUGAUGAAAUAAAACAUAUUAAGGAGGCGGUAGCUAAAUAUGAAAAGAAGAGCUAUUUCCUUCUACUUCUAGAAGAUGCCAAGUGCCAAGAUUACACAGUAGAUCAACUUAAGAAAGAUUUGAAAGACAUUAACCAUAAAGGUGCAUUAAAAGUCCUUGAAGCAUUUGGAACUUUAUGUGAAUAAUGCCUAUCCUAAAUUGAAUCUAAGACACUGUGUGAAUAUAAGGAUUUAGGAUUCAAACAUGGAACUUUAGUCUUUGGAGGGAUUAUUAUAUAAAAAGUGACUAUACAGUGAAAAAUUCUCAAGAUUGUAAGUGCAUAGAAUUUUAAGUUGAUCAUAAAAAAUGUCUCGGAACAAUCCUGAGAAAAUAUAACCACAAAAAGGCACCUCAGAAAAUAAACAUAAAUGCUGAAGUGAUAAUAACUGAAAUACUAUAACUGCUGUCCGAGUCUUCCAUCUUUACAACAAAUAGGCCUUUUCCCUAUAUACAGGGUGUCAAAUAAGUCCCGUCCCCCCCCCUCUACAGCCAAAACCAAGAUAUUUGGUACCA